GGUGUUCUAUUUUAUUUAUUUAAUUAGUUAGUUAGUUAGUUCUGUUUAUUUAUUUAGCUGUAUUUAAUUAAUUUAAUUAUUUUAUGUCCUAUUUAUUUAUUUCGCUAGUUAGUUUGUUUGUUUGCGUAUUUAUUCUCUAAUAAAUUUGAUCAAUUAAGCAGGAAGGGUGUUUGUUGGUAAAUCUACAAGGAGCAACGAAAUCUUUCUUUCUUUCUUCUUUUUAUUUAUUUAUUUAUUUAUUUAUUUAAAAUCCAGUACAAAGAUUCGUCCAUAAAAAUCGGUAUUAAAUACACGAGCUGCUCCGCUCUUUUAGAGACUUUUAACUUGUCGUCUGUUCUCCCAGAAUUCUUUGCUCAGUUUUUCCGAACAUGUGAGAGGCAAACACUCUGAUCACUUUUUAAUUCUCGGCUGCUUGUUUGAAUCUUGCACUAGUUUGAUUUCUGUUAUUUAUUUAUUUAUUAUUAAAUACAUUUUGAUACGCGAGGUAGUGACGUCAUGUCGGCCCUAAUGAAGUGCGUGUGCUGAUUGGCUGCUCCGGAAUCCGCUCAUGUUAGGAAGCGUGUAAAUCAUUUGAUCAUUUUAUAGUUUGCCAUAAUGAUCAAUCAGGUGAAAUGGCACUCUGGUCCAAUAGCUGAGAUCUUUUUUCAUCAGGGUGCAGAAGAGGAAAUGACGAUACACUGCUUUUAUUCCAGAGCUUUUGUCAAUGAUCGAGAGCUGUAUAGAUCGGAUUUCAAGUCUCUGCAGAGUCAGACCCAGGACGGAGCGCGAGUCUGUCAGGAGGAGGAGGAUGAAGAUGAGGAGUCCAGCUGCUCUGAGGAAGAGGAGGAAGCAGUGCUGGAUGAAGAAACCAUGCUGAUGGUCAGUUUGGGGCUCCCCGUAGCGUUCGCCAGCUCCUCGCUUCAGAGCAGAGCAAGCAAGAAUGGAUACCGAGUGAAGAGGAGCAGCAGCACAGAGCGCUGGGAGAACUCCGAUUAUAAUAAAAGCACACAGCUGGUGAUGGGCGAGGAGGAGCGUGAGAAGGAACCUGAGGAAGAAGAGCGUGAGGAAGAACCUGAGGAAGAAGAUUGUGAGGAAGAACCUGAGGAAGAAGAGUGUGAGGAGAAAGAACGAAAGGAGGAAGAGUGUGAGGAAGAAGAGUGUGAGGAAGCGGAGAUGAAGGCUGUCGUGGACGAGAUUUGCACAGAGCCGGAGUCUACCACUGAUCAUGCCUGGCUGCAGUACUGGAAUCUCCAUGGAGAGAGCCUGUUGUGGACGAGCUGGGUGGAGAAACACUCCGAGUUCUCCAGCGCGUCUCCUCCGGCUCCGUGGGCGUGUCCUGAGUGGAGGGAAAAGUGGGAGGAGCAUGCUAAUCAGACGUAUGGCUAUUACUGGGAGCAGUUUAACUACUGGGCUUCUCAGGGCUGGACUACGGCCGAGACGACCGGCGCCGACGCUGCUCGAGACGAGGAACCGCACGCCGAGGAACACCGUGAACAGCUGGAUGUGAUGGAACCGGAGAAAGAAGGGCAUGAGUCUUGCUGUGAUCAUACGUCAGGAGAACUGGAGAAGUUUCCGGGAGAAGAAAACCCCACUGACGUCACAGAGCUGGUUAGCACUUUAAACUUGGAGACAGAGAAGCGCGAGCAUGAUGAUCUUAAUAAAACUUUACACUGUAGUUAUGCUAAUGAGCCUAAUGACGGAGAAGACCGGAAAAGACCGGCUUCAUCGGGCAGCACCAGCACGGAGAAAAGCAAUGAGAAACCGAAGUCCAGUACUCAGCCGAAUAGAGACAGCCAGCCAGCGAAGAGCGGCUCCAAGGAGGAUGACAGUGACGAGGACGAGCCAUCAGAGAGAAAAGCAAAAAUGAAAAGAAGUCACGAGCUAGACGUUGAUGAACUCGCUCAGAUGCCUGCUGACGAAGCGUGGGAGAGUCUGGGCCUCAAACGCGACCCUCAACACAAGUUUGUGAGUGUUUUAAAGUUCAGGAGAACUCCGGCGAGAACUCCGAGGAAGGCCAAGUGGAGACAGAAAGCCAGCUGCAAAGUCAACAAGCACGUGUUCUUCACCGAGGACGGAGAGACGGCGGAGCCCAAGAUCAACCACACACUCCAAAAAGUGCAGAAUUUCCUCCAGACGGUCCGAACUGAGAAUGACUCCGAGAAGACGGCGGCACCAGUGCUGGACAGAACGGGAGACGGACACGGCGCUCCAAAUCCACAGGAAUGUCCAGAGGAAAAGCUGGAGGAGUUUAAGGAGACUUCUCAUCUUGGAGAGCAUGGAGAAUGUGAAGAACGCUUAUUCAGCGAGCAGCAGGUCAUAACCGAGCUGGAGCCAGAACCACUAACAGAACCAGAGCAGGAAUCGCAUGUUCCUUCAGACUGUCAUGAGCAGGAACACGGAAGGGAACAUAUCCCUCUGGACAUCCCAGACUUCCUCCUUCCUGAUGCGCCAGAAGAUGAAAAUGGAGCCGAGAAUGAGAAGUCUUCAAAGAAGAAGAAAAAGAAGAAGAAGGCUAGAAAUAGGAGGAGGAGGAGGGACGUUGGCGCGGACAUGCCUCCCGAGAUUGCAGCCGAGCCGGAGUUGGCCAAGUACUGGGCUCAGCGUUAUCGGCUGUUCUCCCGUUUCGAUGAGGGCGUUAAACUGGAUCACGAGGGCUGGUUUUCCGUCACACCUGAGAAGAUAGCCGAGCACAUUGCUCAGAGAGUGCAAGGUGCGUCCCAGGCGCUGGUCAUCGUCGAUGCCUUCUGCGGCGUGGGAGGAAACGCUAUCCAGUUUGCCCUCGCUGGAAACACGGUGAUCGCCGUCGAUAUCGACCCGGUGCGAUUAGCACUCGCACGGCACAACGCUGCGGUGUACGGGGUCAGUGAACGGAUCGACUUCAUCCAGGCGGAUUUCCUGCAGGUGGCGCCGCGGCUCCGGGCCGACGUAGUCUUCCUCAGCCCACCGUGGGGAGGACCCGAAUACCUCAGCGCUGACGUCUUCAACAUCGAGACCAUGAUGAGCCCUGACGGAUUUGAAAUUUUCAGGCUGGCCAAAAUGAUUUCGGAAAACGUCGUGUAUUUUCUCCCACGGAAUGCCGACAUGGAGCAGAUCGCAUCUCUCGCUGGUCCUGGUGGGAAAGUGGAAGUGGAGCAGAACUUCCUGAAUAACAAACUGAAAACCAUAACUGCAUAUUUUGGCAAUUUAAUCAAGUCCGAUUCAUAGUCGAUUCAACUUUUUUUAUUUUUUUUAAACUCCCUCCGAAUCUGAUUCCGCAUGCAACGUGUACUGUAUAUACGGUCUUUAUUUAUUAUUUCAUAUUAGAAUGAAUUAUUCCUCUUACAGGUGACCCCUAAUGUCCUUGUACAUCUGUAUGUUCUUCUAUUAAAAGUCGAUGCAAAUGAAAUACCAUAUAA